GAGGAGGAAAGCAACAGUGUAAGAGACAGAAAGGGUUGAGCUGUUAGUGUAAGGGAGAAAGAGAAGGGUAGGAAAGCGGGUACUGUAAAAGAGAUAGACAGACAGAGAGCAAGUGUAAUGGGGAAGGAGUUGACAUGAGGGAGUCAGUAUAGCAGGCGUGCUACUUUACUACAACCGAAAGGAAGGAAGGAAGGCACAGUACGACAGUUCGUGUCCUCCUCAUUCUAAUCUUACCCUUCUGUCUUACUUGCAGUCGUCCGUCUCUGUCUCUCACAAUCAGCCUGUCAGUUGGCUCUUUAAGUCAACACUCUUCCUGUCUAUUUUUCUGUUCGGAUCGAAAAUAGAAAAACAGCAAUCAAACUAUCUUAAUUAUCUUUACCGAGAAAUUUUUGUGUAUAACUACGAACAAACAGUGUAUAAGUAAAAAAAAAAAAUCAUCAACAGAAAUAACAAUAUUAACUAUUACUACUAUAAGUAUCUUACUACUACGAGCAACAGUUUCAAGCUUGCUCGUAUACUAGAAGGAAGGAAGAUUGUGAAAGAAGUUCCCUCUGCCCUCUUCUUUUCUCAGUUCAGAAAGUUUCAAAGUUACUUACCCACCUCGCAUACGUGCACACACGUUUUCACUCGUAACAAAAACUUGAGAAAUCAAAGUAAAAGUUCUUUAUAUUCGCAUACGCACACAAAUAUUUAGUCACACUUUACACACACAAACAUAUAAGUAUAUAUAUAUAUAUAUAUAUAUACUACAUAUAUUUAUAUUCAAACAUCACUCAUCACCACAAAAUCCUUCGUUUAUGAAGUCAAUCCGAUGGCAAGCUGGUCACAUCCAGCUUCUUCCAAAACAGCAAAGGGACCCGCGAUGACUAGGGUUCCAAGAUCAAUGCCAGCUAACACUAAGGACGACAUAGAUUUACUUACCAGGACUAGCUGGGUUAAUGCAGAGGUUGCCUAUAAGCAAAUUAAGAAGGGUAAAUCUAAUGGAAACACAUGUGCUCUGUGGGUGCGAUGUCACCUACAGAAACAACUUUUCAGCGUUGGCUGUUUUAUCCAACUUCAUUAUGGCAAAGUUCUUUUCCUUGGAUUACUGCUGCUCUCUUUGUUUUGCUUCGGUUUGAAAACAGGCACGUUAGAAACCAACGUUGAACAGCUCUGGGUUGAGCAAGAUGGUCGUCUGUCCAAAGAACGGGAUUAUACAAGGAAAACGAUAGGUGAAGGAAGUGGUACAACGUACGAGGUCAUUAUCCAGACACCAGAAAAUGGACUAAAUAUAUUGAGUGUGGAGUCUAUGUUACUUCACCUACAGGCUGUGAUGGCUGCUGCGAAAAUCGAAGUGAAGUUAUAUGAUAUAACAUGGUCUUUGCAUGAUAUUUGCUAUGCUCCUUCAUCAGAUAUAUUUGUGCAGCCAUAUCUUGAGAAAAUUCUAACAGACUUAUUACCAUGUAUGAUUAUAAGUCCUUUGGAUUGCUUUUGGGAAGGAGCAAAGCUUUUUGGACCUGAAAAUCAUAUGUCUAUAAUGAAAUAUUCCAACAAUGUUAAAUGGACCAACUUAAAUCCAAGAGAAAUGGUUGAAAAAUCAGAUAUCAAUAACAGGGAUGUCAUACUGGAUGUAAUGGAUCGAGCUGGUAUCAAAAGUGGCUACCUAGAAAAGCCAUGUCUUAAUCCAAAGGAUCCAAAAUGUCCCAACUUAGCACCCAACAAACAAUCAGGAUUGCCACCAGACAUUGGAGCUGAGCUCACAAAUGGCUGCACUGGCUUUGCUUCUAAAUACAUGCACUGGCAGGAAGACUUGAUUAUAGGUGGCAUUAGAAGAAACAAGACAAAUCACAUUGUUCGAGCAGAGGCUCUACAGUCCAUAAUCCAGUUGAUGGGUGAGAAAGAUAUGUUUGAAUAUUACCAAAAUGUGAGGAAGGUACGCACCAUUGACUGGACCAUGAACAAGGCCAAAAUGAUCCUGGAAACGUGGCAUCGCAAGUUCACAGCUGAAGUGGACAACAUAUACAAUGGCAAGCAUCAACAACACAUUCAUGUUUUCUCAUCAACAUCUCUGGCUGAUAUCAUGGAAAAGUUUUCUAGUGUCAGUGUUGUACGCAUUGCAUUGGGGUACAUUGUAAUGUUGCUGUAUGCCUGCAUAUCUUUGUUGAAGUGCAAUGAUGCUGUUAACUCACAAUGUGUUAUUGGUAUUGCUGGUGUAUUGCUUGUUGGUCUUUCUGUAGCAGCUGGUCUUGGCUUAUGUUCUGUUUUGGGCAUCAAGUUUAAUGCGUCCACAACACAAAUUGUUCCAUUUCUAGCUUUGGGUCUUGGAGUUGAUGAUAUGUUCCUCAUAGCUCACACCUAUGCUGAAAAUAGCAAUAACAUUCCUUUUAUGGAGCGGACUGGGGAAUGCUUGAAAAGGACUGGUGUUAGCGUUUUACUCACCUCUGUCACCAACAUCAUGGGUUUUCUGGCUGCUGCUAUUAUCCCUAUACCAGCAUUAAGGGCUUUUUCUCUUCAGGCUGCAAUUCUUGUGUUCUUCAAUCUUAGUUCUAUCCUUCUGAUCCUGCCUGCAGUUGUUAGUUGGGAUUUAGUUCGGCGUGAAGAUAAACGAAUUGAUGUAUUCUGUUGUUUCCAAAGUUCUAUGGCCAACCAAGUGAUAGAAUUACAACCACAAAGGGACAGUGAACACAGUUUAUCACAUUUUGGUUUCACUUCAACACACCUGAGCAUCCCAAAUACCUCAUCAAGUGUUGCUAUUCAUCAGACCGUAACUAAAAUUUCUGUUAAUGGCUCUCAGCCAGUCACCUGUUUAGCAAUGCAGCCAACAGAACGUGUUGUCAAUCAAAGCCACUCAACAAAGCCAGUACAUUCAGAAAAAACACAAAAGGCCCCUGUUCCAGAAAAACAUUCAAAGGCACUUGUUCCAGAAAAACCUCAAAAGACCCCUGCUCCAGAAAAGCCCCUUGUCUCAGAAAAAACUCCAAAUGCCCUUGUUCCAGAAAAAUCUCCAUGUGUCCUUGUUCCAGAAAAUCCUACAAAUGCCCUUGUUCCAGGAAAACCUUCAAAUGCCCUUGUUCCAGAAAAAUAUCCAAGAGCCAUUCUUCCUGAAAAAUCUCCAAAACUCCUUGUUUCUGAUAAACCUCUGAAAGUCCUGUUUCCAGAUAAUUCACUCAAGUCAGUACUCACUGAAAAACCACCAAUUCAAAAUCCUGUAUAUCCUCCAGCAUGUCCAUCCAAUACAUCGUCUCGUCAGUGUUUGACACCAAUUGACACUGUCUCAUUCAAAGAUUGUUGGCUACAGAUGCAGCAUGAAUGCUUCAACUUCUCGUUAGCAAAUAUUGUUAAGAAUCAUUACGGGCCAUUUCUACAGAAGACACCAACAAAGGUUUUCACUAUUGUAGUAUUUUUGAUUAUCACACUCAUUGGCAUUUAUGGCAUCACACUUGUGGAAGACGGCUUAGAACUCACAGACAUUGUGCCACAUGGAACGGCCGAGUACAACUUCUUGGAAGCAAAAUCCAAAUAUUUUGGAUUUUACAACUUCUUUGCUGUGACAAAGAAUAACUUUGAUUAUGCUCACAACCAGAAGUUACUGUAUUCCUAUCACAAAGCAUUCCAACAAGUCAAUCACAUCAUCAAGCGAGAAGAUGGUUCUCUGCCCACAUUCUGGCUACAGCUUUUCAGAGAAUGGCUCCAUGAUUUACAAAAGUCUUUUGAUAAUGAUGUGGCUACUAAGUGCAUUGGUCCACGGAAAUGGUACCAAAAUGCUUCUCAGAAUGGUAUUUUGGCUUUCCGACUUCUGGCCCAGACUGGCAAUGUUGAUGAUCCUUUUGAUGUUAACCAGGUUCACAAAGUACGUCUUGUUAAGGAUGGCAUCAUCAACCCAUCUGGAUUCUAUAACUAUUUGUCAGCCUGGCGAGGAACUGAUGUGUUAGGAUACGACUCGGCUAUGGGUGAUUUCUACCCACCAUUAAAAUCCUUUGUCCAUGACUAUCGAGAUAGAAGCUUAGAAGUAUUCAAAUCUCACCAAAUACAGUAUGCUCAGUUGCCAUUUUACCUAACUAAUUUAUCCAACACCAGUGACAUGAUUGAAACUGUACGACACAUCCGUUCCAUAUGUAAGGAGUUUGAAGGAAAAGGUCUCCCUAAUUAUCCACGUGGGGUCCCUUUUACCUACUGGGAACAGUAUUUGCACCUUCGCAUGUACCUCUCCUUGUCUAUUUUGUGUAUCCUUAUAAUGACAUUCCUUGUCAUUGCUAUCAUACUGGUCAACUUAUGGAUAGCUGUAAUUGUGAUGGCAAUACUGCUUUGUUUGGUGUUACAACUCCUUGGUUUUAUGGGAAUUGCAGGAAUCAAGCUAAGUGCAGUGCCUGCAGUUACUUUGGUCAUAGCUGUUGGCAUUGGCAUGGAAUUUAUUGCACAUGUAUGCAUAGGUUUCAUCACAUCUGUGGGCAGUAGAGACCGCCGUAUGUUGUUAGCACUGGAACACACUUUCGUCCCUGUUGUCCAUGGCGGUAUGUCAACGUUGUUAGGGAUCAUUAUGUUAAUAGGAGCAGAGUUUGAUUUCAUUAUUAAAUAUAUCUUCAAUGUUUUAUCAGUGUUGGUACUCUUAGGUUUACUAAAUGGUUUAUGGUUUUUACCUGUACUUCUCUCUGUGAUCGGUCCACCUGGUGAGAUUGUACCCAAAGAUAAUGGUGACAUGAUUGAGCCUCCUACUCCAGAACCUUCACCAAGGCCAAGAGAAAGACCUAUCAAAUCAGUGAGCCGGCAUAUAUAUCCUCGAAUGCCUUCAGAUAUUUCACUGAGCACUAUAACAGAAGAACCUACACAGUACUCCUCACAUGAAAUCAUUGUACAGCCAGAAGUGGUUGUUGAAACUACCACCAUUCCUAUCACCACAUCGUCAACACAGACCAAAAAAGACUUUUGUGAUAAUAAUUUCUCUUAUGAAACACCCCAAGUCCCCACCAAACAUAUAACCAGAGUAAAAGCCACAGCUACAGUCAAAGUUGAAGUGCACACACCUUUACCAGGUGCUGUGGAGCAAGAACACAGUUAUAAAAGCAAAAGACGGAAGCUUAAAGAACAAGAUAGUUCAGAUUCGGACGGCAGUAAAUAGCAAAAUAAAUAGAAUUAUUUAACAUAAAAAUAUUCAUGCAAAAUAUCAUCCUUACCAACCAGAUUAUUGAACUUCAAUUUCUAACUACUGCCAUCAACCCUCUCAUCCCUGUUAUUUAACUUUAUCAACCAUCACAGAGAUUUAACUUCUGCUUAGAGCUGUUUACCAGUCAUGUGAUAAUGACCAAGACCUUCUUGGGCAAAAUGGUCAGCAUACGGUGGAAGGCACUUAUCCUUUGUGCAAGAUAGGUUGGAAUGUGCAUUGAGAAAGGCCAACACAUUCAAUCUUCAGAUGAAGAACUGGGAUUGGAGUAUUCGUCAACAGUAAAAUAAAUUCUGGUGGAAGUGUAGUGUUCGAUAAUUGAACAGCCACUGAUAGUGGAGUGUUCAGCAAGAGUACAGCCACUGGUGGUGGGUUAUUCGACAACAAUGCAGGUAGCAGAGGAGUAUUCCCAUUGAACAGACAAUAGUGGUGUGUUCUCCUAUCAUAUAAACUCUACAAUUGGAGUGUUUCAAUAAAAGCGUACAGACACCAUUUGUGAGUGGACUACUACCCACAGUACAGAGAAUGAAAAUAUAUGACAACAAUGCAGACAUUGCUGGAGGGUUAUUAUAAGACUAAACUACAGACAUUGAUGGUGUUAAGGGCAUCUGUACAACAAGUAAUGCACUGUAAAUUCAUAGUUUGUAUCUUCCUUAACAACAACCACAACAAAACUGGUGCAGUAUAUCAUUGUCAUUAUCAAUAUCAUUCUCAUCAUCAUAAUCAUCAAAAUCAUCAUCAUCAUAUUCUUACCUCUAUGAAAUGUCACACAAAAGAACUUACUAUUACAAAUGAAACAAUUCAAGCAACCAAUACAUGUUGUGGCCUUAAGGUGGAAAGGAACUUCCUUCCAAAACCAAACAUUAUGACAACAAUUUAAAACUGUGCACCACACAGCAUCACAUUGCACUUUAUUGUUAUGGGCCACUGGAAUUAUUCAGUGCAUUAAAAUGCAAUCGCUAUACUUCUACAUUAUGCUUUAAAGACAUCACUAUACUAUGCAGUGAUACAGACAUACAACACAACUAUAAAAUAAUGUUACAGUUCAUCUCACCACACCAUACUACACUAUGUGACACUCACCAACCUACAUUCAUUACAAAUUAUACUACCAGUAUCUGAAGCUGUCAAAC